UUUGACGACGUAACACUGGAUAGGCUACAAACCCGGAAAGCAGUGACGUUUUCAACUGGUUUUCAAGCUAGCUGCUUGUGUAUCAGAAGGAAUAUGACAUUUUCCAAUAAUUGUUUUUGAAAAACUCUCGUAUUAAGAGCAGGCAGCUAAGCGACACCAAUAUCAGUCACUUUGGAGCAAGAAGAUAACGUUUUCAGGCAGUGAUUGUCCGUUUUUACCUGCCAGCUGGACGCCCGUCAUCUUUGUUUAUCGUCAUUUUAUUUGUACAUUUGUCACCUUGCCGGCAUACAGUAUGGACAGUGAGGCAGACGGCUUGGUGGCGGUGUCGGGGGACUCCGGCCCCGACAGGAAGCGCAGGGUGCACGGCAUGCUGAAGCUCUACUACGGGUUGAACGAGGAAGGAAAGACCGCGGAGCUGGCGGACUCCCUGGAUCCCUGCGACAUCAACGGGCCGCAGUUUGACCCCGAGCUCUUUCUCAACAAGCUUAGAAGAGAGUGCUCUCUUGCGGAGUUGAUGGACCAGGAGACGUGCAUGGUCAAGCAGAUCCGCUCUUUGGACAGUGACAUGCAGACGCUUGUGUAUGAAAACUACAACAAGUUCAUAUCUGCUACAGACACCAUAAGAAAGAUGAAGAAUGAUUUCAAAAAGAUGGAGGAUGAGAUGGAUUGCCUGUCUGCUAAUAUGUCUGCAAUCACCGAGUUCAGUGCUCGUAUUAGUGGUACUCUUCAAGACCAGCACGCACAGAUUACAAAACUCUCAGGAGUUCACACUCUGUUAAGGAAGCUGCAGUUUUUGUUUGAACUGCCUGCUAGAUUAAAUAAGUGUCUGGAGAUGCAGGCCUAUGCUCAGGCGGUGAGGUCCCACCGCCUUGCCCGCUGUGUGCUGCAGCAGUACAGCCACCUGCCCUCCUUCAAGGGGAUUCAGGACGACUGUCACGCCAUCAUGGACAAGCUGGCACAGGAGCUUCGACAGAAGUUCAGGGAUGGUGGGUCAAGCGCUAAAGAUUUAUCAGAGUGUGUGGAGAUGCUGCUACAGUUGGAUGAGCCAGCGGAGGAGCUCUGUGAUAAAUUCCUGAGCCAUGCGCGGUCUCGACUCGAGUCGGACCUCCAGGGUCUGGAAGCAGAGAUAAGACCGUACCCGUCUGCCUCAGCCGUGAAAGAUGUUUCUGCACGCGGAUUGUCAUCUCCUGCAGCCCCUGGAUCUCCGACUCAUAACUUCCCUAAAACGAGCAAUAUCUUUUCUCCCAGCUCAAACACUGACAUCCUGGAAUUCAUUGACAGAGGCUGCAAUGAAUUUGUCAGCAGCUUAUGUUUAGCAAUAACAUCCUAUCAAGAACUAUUUAUCAACCACGCUCAGACAGGUGAGCUUGCAUCCAAAAACAUUCCUCAGAUGGCAAAUGGUAAAUUGCAUGUUUUUGUGGAUGAUCUGGCUACUCGGUAUUUCUCGCUUGUGGAGCGGAGGAUACAAGAGGAGAAAGGUGUCGGAGAUAACUCCCUCUUGGUCCGCGCACUCGAUCGCUUCCACCGCAGACUUCAGGCUGUGACUAAACUGCUGCCAGGCUCUUCCGUGUCAUCCCAGGGGACUGAGAUUGUGAUACGGGCGGCAACGGAGCGAGUGAAGCAGUACCUCUCUGCCCUGCAGAGCUUCUACAUGGACAGCUUAACGGACGUGAGGCAGGCCCUGGCGACACCUCGGCUCUCUGUGGCCAGUGCUUCAGUGGCGGGAGGAGGAGCUCUUCUAGGGGGGGUGGCCUCUGGCAGAGAUGCUCCGACCAGCCUGCCAGAGCUGCUCUCCUCCCUGUCAGCCUCUAUUCUCAAUCAGAUUAAGUCAGUGCUGGCAUCAGUGCAUCUCUUCACAGCUAAGGACAUUACAUUCUCCAACAAGCCAUACUUUAAGGGUGAAUUCUGCAGCCAGGGUGUACGUGAGAGCCUGGUGGUGAGCUUUAUAAAGUUUGUGUGCCAGUCUUCUCGCCAGUUUUGUGAGAGUGCUGGCGACAAGGGAGGUUCCACUCCUCCGGCCCUUCUGUUGCUGCUGUCUCGCCUCUGCUUGGACUAUGAAACCUCCACUAUCUCCUACAUACUCACUCUCACAGACGAACAGUUCCUUGUGCAGCACCACAGUCCCGUUACACCUGUCACAACUUUAUGUACAGAAGCCAGGGAGGCAGCACAGAAACUGCUCAACCAUUAUGUAAAGGUUCAGGGCCUCAUUAUCUCCCAAAUGUUAAGAAAGAGUGUGGAAACACGAGACUGGGUCAACACCAUCGAGCCACGAAAUGUCCGUGCUGUGAUGAAGAGAGUAGUAGAAGACACCACCUCGAUUGAUGUGCAGGUCGGUUUCUUGUAUGAAGAAGGUGUGAGGAAAGCACACAGCAGUGACUCCAGCAAGAGGACUUUCUCUGUCUACAGCAGCUCGAGGCAGCAGGCCCGCUAUGCUGCCAGCUACACUCCAAGUGCUCCCAUGGAUACUAAUCUACUGAGCAACAUACACAAGCUGUUUUCUGAGAGGAUUGACAUCUUCAGCUCAGUAGAGUUCAACAAGGUCUCCGUGAUGACAGGAAUUAUCAAAAUCAGUUUAAAGACUUUCCUGGAGUGUGUCCGCCUGCGCACUUUUGGCCGUUACGGACUGCAGCAGAUCCAGGUUGACUGCCACUACCUGCAGAUGUACCUGUGGCGGUUCGUCUCCGACGAAAACCUUGUGCACUUCCUGCUGGAUGAGAUAGUGGGGAGCUCCGCCCACCGCUGCCUGGAUCCUGCCCCAAUGGAGCAGAGUGUGAUCGAAGUCAUCUGUGAGCGGGGUUAAAGCUCAAAGUGCAGAACAGCCAGCCUGUCUUCUCCUAACACCAGAUCACAAACACAGACACAAAAACACUGGAGUCUUUUAUCCAAAAUUCACUCUGUUACAUAAUUACUGGUAAAUGUUAAAUAUAUUCAAAUGAUACUGAAAAAUGCACUUUUAUUACUGUA